UGUCAGUCCCGUGUCCCCGCGCGCCGUUCGUUGUUUCUUUCCGCGGUACCUUGAGCUCUUCGCGCGCCAGUACAAUUCUGGCAGCUCAAAGUAUGAAUAAUCGGCCACGCAGACCGUCGCCGUUCGCGAUGCUGGUGCUGGUGCUCGUGGUGCAGGUGAUCACGACGAUCGUACCCGCGGCGGCUGUCGGGCCCCUGUCCAGAUCACUGAACUUCGACGACGUUCGCUCGGAGGACAACGCCGUCGUCGUCGAAGCCGCGAUCGAUCCGGAUCAGCUCGGAUCGAGGGAGGGUCGGGGCAUUCUUUGGAACGGAGCCACGACUCGAGAGACCUGCUUGACUUCGAAAGGCGAAAUCGGUCGUUGCACGACCUUCAAAGAGUGCUAUCCGUACUUCAAGAUUCCGGACCUGGGUGCCCUGGACGGCUGGGUUCUCGGCGUUUACGACACGUGCAGCUACAUCCGCGAGGAUGGAAACCCGAGCUUCGGGAUCUGUUGCUCGAAUCUGUUACUGAAUCCCUUCGUCACGCCUGACCCUGACAAUUGCGACAAAUCUACCGUGGAAGAACCGCAAGUGGAGGACAAUAAGAAAAACAAGAACGAGGAGAUAGCACGUCCUCAGGCUGCACCUACUUGGCCACCACCGAUUCCGACACAUCCGCCCGAUCACACGAUACCGCCGCUUCCGACUCAUCCACCAUCGCCCAGUCUACCGACGUUUUCCACCACGUCGAAACCGACCUCCAGCACGAGCUCUAAGAAACCCAGCGUCGCUACUACGUGGCCGACGAAGAAACCAGGCUGGUGGAGCACCUCGUCGACAUCCACGUCGACGACCAGCAAGUCUCCGAUUGGCAGCACCACCUCGCAGUGCGGUGCCAAGAACGGUAAUCAAGAUCAAGAGCGUAUUGUAGGAGGUAAGAACGCAGACCCGGGCGAGUGGCCGUGGAUCGCCGCGCUCUUCAACGCUGGACGACAAUUCUGCGGCGGAUCGCUCAUCGACGACAAGCACGUGUUGACGGCGGCGCACUGCGUCGCAAAUAUGAACUCUUGGGACGUUGCGAGGUUGACAGUUCGCCUCGGUGACUACAAUAUUAAAACGAAUACCGAGAUUCGUCACAUCGAGAGACGCGUGAAGAGAGUCGUUAGGCACCGAGGCUUCAACUCCCGUACGCUCUACAACGAUGUAGCACUUCUUACGCUAAGCGAGCCUGUGGAAUUCACUGAACAAAUACGACCUAUCUGUCUUCCUAGCGGGUCGCAAUUGUAUUCCGGCAAGACGGCGACCGUCAUUGGAUGGGGUUCUUUGAGAGAAAGUGGGCCGCAACCAGCGAUUUUGCAAGAAGUUUCAAUACCAGUGUGGUCGAACAGCGAGUGUAAACUGAAAUAUGGUGCAGCGGCACCAGGUGGUAUAGUUGACAGUUUCUUGUGCGCUGGCCGAGCCGCUAAGGAUUCCUGCUCGGGCGACAGUGGAGGACCUUUAAUGGUAAACGAUGGUCGCUGGACGCAAGUUGGCAUCGUAUCAUGGGGCAUAGGAUGCGGUAAAGGACAAUAUCCAGGCGUGUACACGAGAGUGACACACUUUUUGCCCUGGAUUUAUAAAAAUUUAAAAUAGAGUACACGCACGUAUUUACCGCCAUGUCCCUUUCGCACCAUCGCUGUUUCUUCGACGUGAGGGAUUGCCGAAGAAACGCGGAAUCGAUCGCAUUCGCUCCGAAAAAAUGUGAUAAAAACUAUCGAGCCCUAACAAAGAGCUUCAUAGCGAUAUUAAAAAUAUUCACUUUCGUUGUUGAAAGUGAUAACGCAUCGCCUCUCUCUUAAGGAAAUUUGAUAUCAGUCCUUUUUUUUUU